UUUUUAGUGUUUAACUUGGGAAUGAUAUCAUAAGAAAAGUCAGAGUUGAUGCAUGUUUGGUAGGUAGGUGGGUGGGUGAGCUUUGAUUUAUACUUGAAAAAACAUACUGUAAGAAAUAAACAGUUCUAGAUUAAAUUAAAUAGCUUUACCAGUGAGAAGAUUAAGCUUACAGCUAAUCGUCAUUUGUUUUUAGUUCGUCUUAUUAUUUGUUCGUUUGCUAGCUCCCUUUAUUUGACUCUUCCAUUGAAAUCUUUUUUUAAUUUACAUUUAUAUUCUCUCUUGAAUUCAAAUUGAUCCCAACUGAUAACCAACGAAGAAGAUGAAGGAAAAGGGCGGAAUUGGAGGAGCUACUCAUAAUCACUUUGUGCUGAACACAGGUGCCAAAAUCCCAGCCAUUGGAUUAGGAACAUGGCAGAGCGGCGGAGACCUCUGCGUCGAGGCGGUGAAAACUGCAUUAUCAGUCGGUUAUCGCCACAUGGACUGCGCCCAUCUCUACGGCAACGAGAUUGAAGUUGGGGAGGCUCUCGACGAAGCUUUCAAAGCUUAUAAUCUCAAGAGAGAAGACAUUUUCUUGACUUCUAAGCUCUACUGCACCAUGAAUUCUCUCAAUAAGAUUGAGAAUUAUGUGAGAGUUUGUUUAAAGAAUCUCGGGGUUUCCUAUCUUGAUCUUUAUUUGAUGCACUGGCCGGAUUCCUCCGCGUUUGGCGACGCUACUGAUCCUCCCUCUAAAUCCACCACUGAGUAUCGCCAGUUCUUGAAUCGGUUGAAGAAAGCUUGGAAGGCCAUGGAAGGUCUUGUUGAGAUGGGCCUGGUUAGAGCUAUUGGUGUCAGUAAUUUCAAUGUUCAACAGAUCAAGCAGUUGCUUAAAUUUGCUAAGAUUGUGCCCGCCGUUAAUCAGGUGGAGUUGCAUCCUUUUUGGAGGCAAGAAGAAUUGGUGAAGUUCUGUCAACUGAAGGGUAUCCACGUAUCUGCUCACACACCUUUAGGGGUUCCUACAUCAAGUCCGGGACCAUCUGACAGUGGAUCAGGGGAGGACGAACCCGGUACUCCUCGUAUAUCAUUUAAGAGAUCAAGAUCUGUACAUGGACCCAUGUUGAAAUUGUCAGUAGUUUUAGAGAUAGCAAAAGUGCAUAAAAAGACUCCUGAACAGGUAAUUCUGCGGUGGGGACUGCAGAGAGGAACCAGUGUUCUACCUUGUAGCCUGAAGCCUGAUCGAAUACGGAAAAAUAUAGAUAUAUUCAGUUGGUCUCUAUCAGAUGAAGAGUGGAACCGCCUAAACCUGAUUGAACCACAGGUAUGUUUAUUUGGAAAUGGUCCCUUAAACGAUCUGUCAGAUACCGGCUUCAUAUUCGGUAGUGGUCCUCUUCAAUCGGUGCGGGAGGCAGAAGAUGAUGUGGAAUGCAAUGCUUGAAUUAUAGUAAUAAAGGGUUUAUGUUAAAAGAUAGCAUGAUUGUUGCAAGUGGCCAUUGUUUGUAAGAUUUAAAUUUUGUGGGUGCUGAAUAGGAAACCAAGAGACAUUAUCAUUGAUUGAAGUGAUUUUUCUUUUUGCUUUUCUUGCGACCAUGUGAUUUACAUCUUCGAGCGAUGGAAUGGUAUGCUAGACUUGAUUGUGAAGCAAAGACUAAGAGAAGAUGAGAUCCAAGUGAACCUUUUCAAAACCAUAACAAUAGGGAGUGUGUUUGAUUGUUUCAGAGUAUAAAGAUUUAGAGGUUGUAAUCAUAGGAAUUACUAUUAUAAAUAUAAAAUGUUCUCUUGUAA